AUGGACGAUCAGGCCAGAGCCGAAUUCAAGCUCCAAUCCCUCCAAGUGCGAGCCGAGUUGAAAAAAUGGGAGACCGACUGGCAAGAAGAACACGGCGGUAACAAGCCAAGCCGCAACGACAUUAAGCAGAAUCCCGACAUUGCCAAAAAGUACAAGCAAUACAGCAAACUCAGAGACGUCCUCUCGGGCAAGAUCCCGCCAGAGGAGCUGUCAAAACCCUCAAGACCAAAAUCGUCCUCCCACCGACCACCCCAGACCCCGUCGAAGCACUCCAAGACGGCACAAACACCACGAAAACAUCAUGACGCCAAUCCAUACAUGCAGUCCCCAACUGCCCGAACUCCCGGAGCCGCGACCCCCUCGACAGCCCGCAAGCUCUUCAGCCCAGCCCUCCCAACCUCAAUUGGACCAACUCCCCAGAAAGACGGCCGAGUCCUUGGCCUAUUCGACCUCCUAGGCAAAACCCCCUCCAAACCAACCGAAUCUCCCUUCCCCAAGCCAAUAGGCUCAGCAACCCCCAGCAAACGCCGCACCUCCGAACUAGGCGACCUCACAACCCCCUCUGCCAAACGAAUCGCCCACGAUGCUUCCACCCCUCUCGCCGGAAGAACCAACCUCUUUGGAGCUGUCACCACACCCCUCCACGAAAAGCCAAACAACACCACCACAACCCCCUCCACAACCCGCAGCAAACUAUUCAAUACCCCCGCCUUCCUCCGCCGGACCACCCUUCCUCCUCCAGUAGACGAAACCGACGAAAACGGCUCCUGGAAAGUCGGCCCCCUCCGUCUUCCCCAAGUUCUAAGCCGCAAAGGCGUCAAGGUCAAAGGUCUCUCCGAAGUCGUCGCCGAUCUCCGAAAAAUAGAAGACGAGGCCCACCAAGAUGAAGAAGAUGCUCUCCGGGAAAUGGAAGCAGAGGAACUCGGCGUACCAGUCACCAAACCUGCCGUUCCCAAGUUAGCUACAGUACCAGAGGGCGUCGAGACAGAAAUCGGGGACGGCCAGACAGUACCACCCCAACCAGCCCAACCCAGAUAUACCGAAGAGAAACCUGUCCUGCUAUCACAUUUCGACGACGAGGCCUACGAUGACGAAAUAGAUCUCAGCAGGGAAGGGGUAGAUACGCAAGGCAACCCCCUUCGAGUCUACAAAAAGCGAGGGCAGAAGCGCACCACAAGAAUGGUCAAGAUGAAGCCUACCCGUUUCCAGCGCCCUACCGACAACUCUCCCCAUGAUUCCGACGACGAACCCAUCCCUGAAACGCAAUACCCCGACCAGCCACCUCAGGCUCCUCAAGACGACUUGUUACUCUCUGGCUCGGAUUUUGAGGGCAACGACGAGGAUGACGACGAUUUCGACACCCUCAGGCCCACCCCCAAAUCUACUGGCAAGGGGGCUAGGAAGACCUUGGCCGAGACAAAAGGGAAGAAGAAGGAGGAUGAGAGAGAGGAAGGGACGGUGAAGAAGGCGGGAAGAAAAGUCAAGGCGACUGCGCAUGCGAAUUUCAAGAGGCUGAAACUCAAGCAAGGCGGGGCGAAGGGCGGGCCGGGGUAUAAUUCGAGGUUUAGGAGGAGGAGGUAG